AUGUACGAUUUGAAUAAGAAUGGUUUUAUUACAAGAGAUGAAUUCAAAGUGAUCCUGAAUAUGAUGGUUGGCGCAAAUAUAACCGCCGAACAACUAGAAAGCAUUGCUGAUCGUACAAUAUCUGAGGCUGAUAUUGACAAUGAUGGGAAAAUUUCAUUCGAUGAAUUUUGCCGGGCAAUGGAAAAGACUGAUAUCGAGCAGAAAAUGUCAAUUCGCUUUUUGAAUUAG